UCUAAUAAUUAGAAUGUUUUAUUAAUUAUUAAUGCUGUAUUUAUUUCUAGAAAUCUUUAAUUAAAAGCGAAAUAAACUUGAAAUUCAUUACACAAGACCAUGUUUCUAACAAAUAUAUUAUUAAAGAAAGCUAAAAGCAAGAACAUUAUGGUGUUAAUGGAGAGCAUGGUAUCGGGCCAUAAGUUUAACGCUAUCCGGGAACGACUGGCGGACAAAUUAGAAUUAAUACGAUUCGAUCCUUACAUUCGGCAGCAAAGUGUGUACAAGGAAAGGAAGAAGAUUAGGAGCAUCAAGUCAUCAUAAAUCAGGUCCAUAUAUCUUACUUUAAUGUAGGUAGUCCGUAAACUUAAAUAAUAGCCAGUGUUGUGUUUAAAAUGUUUUAAUUUAAUUAUUGUACAUUAAACAAUAAAUAAAUCUUUGGAUACAAUAUA